UGUUGUGGAUGUCUGAGAAAACAGAGACUCGGGGAGAGCAGUCUUUUCACUAUGUAACUCUCUCUGGUGUUUACAUUGUAUCGCUCCGCUUUCAGUGCUUGACAUUCCUACAGUUCCAUUGCGCUCGGUUAGGCAACACAGCAAGAAGGGGAAAACAGUGGGAUACAAAGUGCAUUGUUAAUCGUUGUCAUCUUGUUAUUACGGUGUCGCAACAUUAUAAUAUUCUUUAAUAUAAAUUAAAAAAAUUUUUUUGUGUAUUUUUUUACGAAUGAGAACAAGUUAAGUGACCGGAAAGCUGUUGUAGAAAAGAAUGCUUGGUAAUUCAUAUUUACAAUUAUCCCAUGGAAAACAGCGGCGUUUAUGUAAAGUUUUCUAGAGAGACAUGCCAACUGAAUUCCCCAACAGAGAAUCUGAAAAAGGAGUUGGAGAUAGAGCUGAAUUUGAGCAGCAGUUACUUAUCAAGUCACGGCUGGUACCAUGGUCGUAUACCUUGGGAGGUGAGAUUGCCCGUUUCUGAGUCUCUUGUGCAACAGAAUGGGGAUUUUCUAGUCCGUGACUCCCUCACUAGCAUUGGAGACUAUGCCUUAACCUGCUGCUGGAACCAGAAAGCUCUUCAUUUCCUAAUCAGCAAGGUUCUGCUCAAAUCAUGUGACGCGUACAAUCAAGUGCAGUACAUUCUAGAGGGGGAAACAUUUGAUUCAGUGCCAGCAUUGGUUCACUCUUAUGUUGGAUAUCAACGCCCUCUGACAAAGCAGAGUGAUGCCCAUGUUUACUCACCAGUUAAUAGGACACUUCCAUUAAGAUACCUUGAGGCCAUGUUUGGGCUACCAAGUGUUGAGAACAGUCCAGUUAACUCACCAACCCGGCAGAUUAGAAGCCACAAGAGGAGUGAAAGUAUAACUGUGACAGAAGCUUUGGAAAUUAAGAUGAUAUGCCCACAAAGCGAUGUGGUGAGGAGCUUUGAUGGCACCCUAGAGCAGCACCUCGUGUCCACUUCCCCGACAUUGUUAAACACACUGACCAGGCAGCGACGGAGUCCUUCAGAAAACCGGAAGUUUGUAAUAUUCCCUUCAUCACCUGUUCUGUCAAAGUCCAUCAGGCUUUGUUCAUCUCCAACUGAGAACACACUGAGCUAUAUGGAACCAACAGUGCAUCUUCUGUCCACCAUAACACAUUCCAAUCGAAACUAUGCCCAAAAUGAGCCUGCAAUUUCUCAACCAGCCUCUGUUGCUGUAAAUCAUCUCUUUGACCAGAGACUUGAAAUACAGACUUUGGAUGGAAGAGAGGAGUAUGAUGAUGAUUAUUUUGUGCCUUUCACAAUAGACACAGUUUCCUGUUUCAGACCUAGUGUGUACCAGUCACCACUAUUGCCCUCAGAAAAUAAACCUUUGGAGACUAGAAUAUUGAAAAGAGUCAAGGACGUCCUGUUUGAAGUGGAUAUAAAUACCAUGGCAAUGCAUAUCACCAAAAUUGACUGCAUGGUUGCUCGAAUUUUGGAUAUGCCUGAGGAGAUCAUGAAAGGGAUGGGGGUGAGUUCAGGAAUGGAGCUACUCACCCUCCCACAUGGACAUCAGCUCCGUCAAGACCUGCUUGAAAGGUUCCACACCAUGUCUAUUAUGUUGGCUGUACAGCUGCUGGGCUGCACAGGCAGUGAUGAUGAGAGAGCUGCCCUUCUGCAUAAAGCCAUCUCCCUAGCCUCUGAACUCAAGAGCAACUUAGGCAAUAUGUUUGGCUUUGCCAUGGUUAUGAAAUGCCUGGAAUUCCCUUGGAUUGCUUGUUUGGAGGAAACAUGGACCGUUUUACAUCAGAAAUACACAGAAAGUGCUGUCCUUUAUGAGAAAACCCUUAAACCCUCAAUGAAGAUGAUGAAUGAUGGAGAAGAGAUAAAUGUACCAACAGAGACAACGUUUCCCCAUGUGCUUCCCCUGCUGUCCCUUCUUGAGAAGAGUGUUGUGACUCUUGAAGAGGCAGAGUCAUGGGAAAGUGCAGACACUGAGGUGGCCAUAGUCUUAAGCCAUUUGGAUUCUGCACGUACAAUUGCAAGCAAUGGGAGGAUCUUCAGUGCUAGAGCAGAGGCCAAACUGCAGGGGUUUCUGGAGGAACCAGAUGUCCGGGAGGUCUUCCUCACAGAGUUUCAGAUGCGUCUCCUGUGGGGAAGUGGGGGAGUGGACAGGAAUAAAGAUGAACGUUAUGCAAAGUUUGAUGAAGUGCUAACAGCUCUGUCCAACAGGCUAAAGAAUUCUCACCCAACGAAAUGACAGAGGAAAAGACCACUGUUUACUGUCAGCAUAAAAUGUACAAUAUACUCAGCAACUUUACCAGACUGACCUCACUGUGAAAUCGGAAACAGUAGGUUGACUUUUCUUUAGCUAAAAUCGGUCUGUGCUCAUUGAAAUGUGAAACACUGCCCCAGUGGCCAAAGCAAGAAGUGCUGUUGGGACUAUGGGCAUGUGUGAACUCCAGACAGAGGGUCCUCUCUGUAGAGUGUAGUGCAAUGAUGUAGUAAAUCUAAUCCUCUGCAUGGAGGAUUUUGUGAAUUAGUGGAUGUUUUUGUUUUCAUGCAUUGCACUGAGUAGUAUAUUCGUUAGUUUUAUAGUAUUACACUGAGACAUUUGUUAAAUACAGCUUUCAUAAAUUACUUUGCCUAGUUUUUCCUCUACACCCACAUAAAUAAAUUAUAUAAAUUAAGCAUUAUACUCAUAAUACUCACAUAAUGUGCUCCUCAUUUAAACAUCUCCUCCGCUGUACAUAAAUACCCAUGUCAUGUGGUGUGUUAUUUGUAUUUGUAUAUAAUCAUGCCAAACUUAUAAUCGGCCAAACUUAUUUGGAAGUACACAAAAGUGAAAUUAAAGUGAAUUUGGAGUGCUUAAAAACCUAAGCGCUCACUACAUGUUAGCAACUGAACUUGGAACACGUCUGUUACUCUGAGCACAAGAUGGAGAUGUGGAGCAGAGAACUGCUCUGAAAACACUGUAGCCUAUUAAUGCUUUAACACACAGACAGAACAGAGCGGCAUGUCUAAACUUUGAAGUGAGCAGUGCAAUCAAACUAUAUAUUCAUUUAUUUAAAUCGUAGCCAAUUUCAGUUUAGUAAUCACACAAGAUCAUAUCGGGAUUUUGAUUUUAUUUCUAUUAAUU